AGAGCAAAAACAUACAAAGGGACAGACAGGAGUCAGAAAGACAGACCAUCUCUGAGCUGCCUGAACAUUAGCCACUCAUCUAGUGAAGAUGACAAAAGUAACAGCUGUCGUUGUGCUACUGUGUCUUUUCUGUGUCGGAUGCAUGUCUUUGCAUACUGUAAAUUCAACUCCUUCCAAAUGCUGCUUCAAGUUUUCUUCAGUGCGAAUACCUCUUCAACUGAUAGAGAGCUACGUUCAUACUUCGUCUGAAUGCCCAAAUGAAGCUGUCAUAUUUGUAACCAAAAAUGGCAAAGAACACUGCAGAUUUCUUACAUUAGACUGGGUGCAAAACCACAUUAAAAACCUGCGAAAAAACUAGAGCUGGCAUAAAUAAUAAAAAUUAAACAUGUUGUAAAAAUGUGUGCUAAAUUAUUGAAAUUUUUGUUAAUAUAAACCAAAAAGAAUAAUUGACUUUGUAUUUUAGCAAGUUAUGCAACUUGAAAAUAUAACUAUAUGUAUGUUCCAUGAAAUACUGUGCUAAACUGUUCCAGAAUUUUUACAAAAUAAAAUAUGACCAUGAAAAAAAAA